AAUUUGUCAAUGUUAAAUGAAAUUUGUACAUCAUACUAUAAUUUUUGUCAUAUACUUAUCGUUUAAAAAAAAAUUUUUAGAUUUAUUCGGUCAUAUUUAGUUAUGCUUAGUCGUUAAUCUAAAUUAGAAAACAGGUAGUGGUGAGCACUCAUUUUUAUUAUCAAAAAUCUCCAAUUGAACUUUUGUUUUUUAUUAAUUAGGAAAAAAAAGAGUGUCCAAUGAAUAAUGACAUUAAAUUUAUCUAAUAUAUAAAGAAAGCAUACAUUCAUAUAUAAAAGUAACACUCUUAAACAUUUGUCUUUAGUUUCGAUUACGAUCUUUACAAUUCCUUCCUUAUUUUUUGAUUAAGUCAUACAUGACGUGUUAAGUUUUUCAAACAUUGUACAAUUUAUUAAAAAAAUUAUAACAUGAAUGUAAAUGAUAAUGAAGCAACGGAGCAAUAUGAACCUUCCAUUAAAAAUAUCAUUGAACAACGAUCUUUACGAUGGAUUUUCGUCGGAGGUAAAGGCGGAGUUGGGAAAACAACAUGCAGCUGUUCUCUUGCUGUACAACUGUCAAAAGUAAGAGAAAGUGUUCUUAUUAUCUCUACGGAUCCUGCCCAUAACAUCUCAGAUGCCUUUGAUCAGAAGUUUAGUAAAAUACCUACCAAAGUUAAGGGUUUCAAUAACUUAUUCGCAAUGGAAAUUGAUCCAAAUGUAGGUAUUACCGAGUUACCUGAAGAAUAUUUUGAAGGUGAAGCAGGUGGGGAAGCAAUGAGAUUAAGUAGAAAUGUUAUGCAAGAAAUAGUUGGCGCAUUUCCUGGUAUAGAUGAAGCAAUGAGUUACGCUGAAGUUAUGAAAUUAGUUAAAGGAAUGAACUUCUCCGUUGUAGUAUUUGAUACUGCACCUACUGGUCAUACUUUAAGGUUAUUGUCGUUCCCACAAGUGGUUGAAAAAGGCUUAGGAAAACUGUUACGUUUAAAAAUGAAAAUUGGCCCUUUCAUUAAACAGAUUAGUUCUUUAUUGGGAAUCACUGAUUUCAAUGUGGACACUUUUUCAAAUAAAAUGGAAGAAAUGCUAGCAGUUAUUCGUCAAGUCAACGAACAGUUUAGAAAUCCAGAUCAAACUACCUUUGUUUGUGUGUGCAUAGCUGAGUUUUUAUCACUUUAUGAGACAGAAAGACUUGUACAAGAAUUAACGAAAUGUGGUAUAGAUACACACAAUAUUAUAGUAAAUCAACUACUUUUCCUGAAGGAAGGUGAUGUUCCAUGUAGACUUUGUCUUGCCCGGCACAGAAUUCAGGAUAAAUAUUUGGAACAGAUUAUGGAUCUUUAUGAAGAUUUUCAUGUUACACGUCUGCCUUUAUUAGAAAGAGAAGUUCGUGGUGUACAGCAAGUUAAAGAAUUCUCUGAAAAUCUUAUCAAACCGUAUAAACCUUAACAUAAAUGUAAUUAAUGGGAUUAUAAUAUAUUACAUAUAAUCAGACAA